GGAGGCGCUGACAGUGAAUGAUGCCACCAUCGCAGAAAAAAAAAUUGAAUUGGACGUCAAUCACCGUAAAUGGCAGGUUGACAGCUAAUGGGUAAGAAAAGUCAACGUUCAAUCACACCAGUAGGUGUCGUAGGAAGCUGUAUUACUCGCUCACUCACUCAACAGUAGAGAUUCAAAUAGGAGCAACAGUUUCCUAAAAAAAACAAAAAAUAAAAUAGUUGAAAUAAAUGCGUGCGUUUGCACCCAUUGCAAACAUAACAGACGUGGGGUGAAAAAUAUUGUUUUUCUUUCUUUCUUUCUUAUCAGACGUCAAAAAACUGGAACAUUCACAUUCCUGGAGGCGCGCAACCGAUCCCACGCCUCCAUCCGUGCACGCACACGCACUCACUUGACAGCAAAGGACUGUGGACUUUACUUCUUCUAAAAGCAGAUUACGGUGCAAAUGGGGAAGCUCAAUUGAGUAAUUUAUGUCUGUGAAGCGCCACGUGAGUCACAAAAUUCCGAGGUUUCAUCAUUUGAUAGCGGUGAGCAAACUCCACCCAACACACACAGUCAGACACACCGAGAACCUGUGGCAGCGUGCUCGGCUAAAUUCGUGCUGCUUGCAUAGAGUCGCGGGGACAAAAAGUUGCGCGGGCCAAAGUCCGCCAGCUCGGGUGCAAGCGGGACGUGUGGUGAAGACAUGCGUCAAACAUGGCCGUAGUAACAGCGAGUGUCCAUGAAAGUGGAUUCUUGGAGGUUCUGGUGCGGGCUCGCUGGCACAAAGUUUGGGUGCGCUUAAACGAGGAGGCGCUUACUUUGAGCUGUGAGGACUACGACGGCGUCAACUCCAACGGAGUCGUCACCUAUGGAUCCUUCCUGGACAACAACAACUCUAACAACGGUCCGAGGCUGUUGGACGUGCCCGAACCUGUGCCGGAGACCAUCGCCAACAGAAAGCGCUGCGUCAAAGUGACCAAGCAGGACGUCGGUGGAUUGGGGAUCAGUAUUAAAGGCGGCAGGGAGAACAAGAUGCCCAUCUUGAUAAGUAAGAUCUUCAAAAACCUGGCUGCGGACCAGACGCAGGAUCUGUAUGUCGGGGAUGCCAUCCUAUCCGUGAACGGGGUCAACCUGAGGGACGCGAGCCAUGACGAGGCGGUGCAGGCGCUCAAACAGGCAGGGAAGGACGUGACCCUGGAAGUGAAGUACAUGCGAGAAGCCACACCAUACGUGAAGAAAGGCUCACCUGUCUCAGAGAUUGGAUGGGAAACCCCCCCACCUGAGUCGCCGCGUUUUGGCAGCACUUCCAUCACCUCCUCCCCGGAGACUCCAAGUCCACCUCUUCAACCAUCCUUGUCCCUGCAGGGAGACAGAAGAUGCAUUCCAUUGAAGAUGUGCUAUGUAACCCGAGCCAUGACCACAGCAGACCCAGACAACAGACAAGUGGAGCUGCACUCCCCUGACGCCAGACACACUGUGGUACUGCGCUGUCCAGACCAGCCAUCUGCCCUCACUUGGUUCUCAGCAAUGCAUGCUGUCACAUCGUCACUGACGCAGCGAGCACUAGCUGAUGUCAUUCAUCACACAGCCAGGUCAGGAGUUGCUGGUAGCAAAGAGAUUCGACACAUGGGAUGGCUGGCUGGGAAGCAAAGUGAGAGCGAGAAGCAGUGCUGGAAGCCUGUGCUGGUGGUUGUGACGGAGAAAGACCUGCUGCUUUAUGACAGCCUGCCACGAAGCAAGGAGGCCUGGCAGAGUCCAGCGCACACGUACCCUCUUCUAGCAACACGUCUGGUGCACUCUGGGCCCGACAUGGGGUCCCCAUACUCGGGCACAGAGCUCUUUUUUGCCACCCGGACGGGCACGCGCCUUGGAAUUGAGACUUAUCUUUUCCGGGCUGAAACCAGCAAGGAUUUAUCCUUGUGGACUCGACAAAUAGUCAACGGCUGUCACGCUUCAGCUGAGAUGAUCAAAGAAGUCAGUACUAGUUGUCUUUACCUCGGUCAGGAGUGCCGGCUGGUGAUCGAUUACGAGCAGGGCUUCUCCGUGUUGGCUGAACACAAACUUCGAGACAGCGAGAACGGUGACGAGGGUCGACGUCAUACGCCGACCAAAAAACGAGUGCUCCUGUCCUACCCUUAUGAAAAACUGAGGAUGUCGUCGGAUGAUGGCGUUCGCAUGCUAUUCCUGGACUUUGGAGGAAAGGAGGGGGAGAUUCAACUGGACCUGCACUCCUGUCCCAAACCAAUCGUCUUCAUCGUCCACUCCUUCCUCUCUGCAAAAAUCUCCAGACUGGGAUUAGUGGCCUGACCGCAACCCUGGAAUGGAUUUCCGUUGUUGUGCGUCCAAAGACAAGAGUCCACACUAAACCACCCUGAGCUUGAGAGCCAAACUGAGUGAAUGUAGUCUCUCUUUGCUCAGACUAACUCUGGAGAAACGCGUUGGGAGUUCAAGGUGAAAAUUUUCUGUUUUACAUCAGAGAACAAAACCUUGAGUGGACUUGGAGCAGAUAAAUGGAAGUGAUGACCAUGUAGAACAAUCUUCCAUUACUGACAUAUUCUCCACUAUGUUUCGGUUAAUGUCGUAGUAAAUCAAUUUCAUUGACCAAUUGGGUAAUUUAUUUAUCAUCAUUAUGAAUAAUUUAAUUUCAAAUGCCUUUUCGUCCUGUUAGCAAUGUUAUCAUUUCUUAUCAAUUAUAAGAUGCACAAAAAGUUAUUCACCUUUCAGUUGAAAGUUCAGGAUAAACUUAAAAUGCACUAUUAACUUUACAGAUGAACUAAAUUUGACCUUUUAAAUACUCACACGUCUAAGGCCUUGUUUAGACUCACAGCCAAAAUCUGAUUUUUAACCCAUCCAAAUUGCUACUCUUCAGACUACAAAAGAGUCAUCCAGUUUCAAAGCACAAAAAUCAAAUUUAUGCGAUACUGAUUGAAACCACAUACAGGAGUGAGGUAGUUUCAUAUCAGAUACGGACAAAUUGCUUCUAAGUCUGAAUAGCUCGGAUGGGUUUUGACUGUCCAUGACAUUAGCUAUGCUGGAUGACGCCUUCGUUGCCCAAGCAACCUGUCUGGUCUGUCAAAAAUGAGGCCUAGUCUGUACAGUCCCACAUUUAAUUUGGACAUUUGCUAAAAAUAGUGUGAGAACAGUCACCCCGAAAAUUCAGAUUUGAGGAGGAAUCCGAUUGGAAUAAGAUAUGCCUGCGAUCUGAACGCACCCUAUGUCUUCAACAUUUCAACGCAAAAGAGCAGAAUGGCAAAAUUUACAACAACGAACCGAAACUUUGAACGGGUUUGAACCUUUUGACUAAGACAGUCUGUAUUGGUUGAAGUGCAUUUUAGUUUCAUCCAGAAAAUGUUUGAGUGGUGUGUAUGCCCGUAAAAGAUUUCUCAGCUAGAUCAAAACACAUUAUAGUUUUGCUUUAAAAACCAACUGUGCUAUUAAAGUGGUGAAACUCAAAUUCUAUUUUUGUAGCUACAGUGUAUAAGCGAUCAUGGUAGCUAUAGCGUUGGAAACUGUAUUUGAUGAUGAAUCUGUGUUUGUCAUACAACCAAUCAUGCAUGCGUACAAAGUCACCAGCUAAAGAUGACGAGCUGAUUAUUUUUCAAUACCCACAAGCACAAAUGACUUCUGAGAUAUUAAUAAGUUUACAUCUUGUUGAAAGCUACUGUAUGCUGUUAUGCUAAAGCUGAGCACUAGGUAGGGUUUGACCACUUCAUUGUCAUCACUGUACUGGUCAUAGUUUUCAAUUGUUCUUCUUGAAAUGUUUCUAAAAUGAUUAGUUUGCUGCUUGGGGUCAAGCAUCCCACCAAUUGUGUUUCUUUCAUUAGGAUUCAAAGGCCAUAGUGGUUGUAGUCUUUGUUAGCCCUCAACCUAUUUGGUUUUCGUCUAAGAAGACUUGGUGGUCUAACUACAGAUGUGAGAUUUCACAAGAUCCAAACGUAUUUGUGGCAAAUCUCAGGAAUGUACUUCCACUCCAUGUAACCGCUGUCAGAGGAAUAUCUGAACGCACCGAAAAAUAAUCAUUUUUCAAGACAGGACAUUGUAAUGAACCCAUUAAGUAAUGUUUGUUGAUCAAUGCAAAACCAUACAGCCACGUUGUUCUUGUGCCUUGCAAAUGGAUCAUUUUGAGGAGGAUACCUCACAGGAUGAAUGCUUAGCGUCUCUAAGGACUUUUGCCACAGUAGCAGCACUCAUUGAUAUUUCAGUUUUCACAUGUUUUAUUCCCUUUUUGUGCACUGUGAACAAUGAUUUUGCAACGUGUUUGUUGUCUUGCUCAGUUGUUAGGCAUCAUAAAGGCACAGUAACAAUUGUAUAACAGCAACAAAUACCACAAUUACAAAUAGAGAGUGAAAGGUUUUAUGCUGCUCUAGAAUAAUGCCUUCAUUUGUCACAAUGAACCAAUGUUUUUAAGUCAAUCGAUGCACAUAAAUUAUGUAUUUAAAACAGACUGCAAGUUUGUUUUCAUUGUCUUCUGUUGCUGCAGUUAUGUCAAUAAAAUGGCAAUGGGUAAACUGACUUUGCAUUGAAUAAACCUUAAUCACAUAAGAUUAAUACGUGAAAAAGUAUGCAUUGCUAAUGCAAAAUAUACCCUUUAAUAUAAGUAAAUCCUUUACCGGCAUGUGAAUAAUAUUGUAUGUAAUGACAAUACAUUUGGAGAAAAGGUAGUAACUACUACUUCUGUUUGGCAGUUACUGUGGAACAGUUCAGAAGUGUUAAAAAAAAAAAAAAACUGAAAAAUUCCUAUGUGAAAAACAUACAUAAUAUUGGAGGGGGGGAAAGAAGCAAUUAUUGGUCUGGUAAUGUAUAUUUUUAGAAAUUUAGUUCCCAUUUUAAUAAAUAUUCUAUAAAAUUAUAUUUGAUAUUUAUAAAAUCGAAUUAAGUUAAUGUAUUAUCCGUGUUAAAAAUGGGUGGUUGUCAAGAAUUUCACACGUUACAUGCACUCCAGCUUUGCCUCACACAUAUUAUCUGAACACAACAAAGGAAGGAGGUGUGUGUGUCCAUGUCAUUGUGUAUCCAGUGGCUUUUGAGUGAUGUGCCAUUUUUUUUCUCUCCACUCGGCAGAUAAGUUACAUGUGCCUUGGAAGUGAGGAGAUACCUAAGAAGAACUAGCUGUCUGUUUUCCCCUACACUUUCCACAAAGUCCUCACUCCUAGUUUCCUACACAUACUGUAGUUGAGCACAUUUGUGUGGCUGUCAAAACCUUACAAUGGACCUAUAGCAAAACCACGCCCCGAAAUCAAGAAAGUCUGACACCUCGCUGUAGAGUUCCAUAGAGAUACUGUGUGGUCGUGACUUAAAACAUCUUUUUUUUAAACUUUAGAAAAACCCCGAUGGUUUAAUGCUGUGUGUGGGGUGUUUGUAAUUCUUACACCAGGGACCCUGAAAGACUGGGGGGAGGAAUUUUUUGUGUGUGUGCCUUUUUCUAAGCCGGAAAGAAGGCUCACCGAAUGCACGCUAUGGAUAAGGCUCAGUUGUCGACCACAUAAACAACAAUGUCAAGCCAGUCACCCAAGGACACUUAUACUGCUGGCCAGAAGUAUUGCCACCCCUGCAAUUCUGUUAGAAAAUGCUCAAUUUCUCCCAGAAAAUGAUUGCAAUUACAAAUGGUUUGGUAAUAAUAUCUUCAUUUAUUUAGCUUGCAAUGAAAAAACACAAAAGAGAAUGGAAAUCGUUAUCAAUUUACACAAAACAAAAAUAAGCCGGAGAAAAGUAUUGGCACCCUUUGAAAUUUCAUGUGAUGCGUCUGUAAUUUGUGUAAUUAACAGCACCUGUUACUUACCUGUGGCACAUAAGAGGUAGUGGCAAUAACAAUAUCACACUUGCAGCCAGUUAAAAUGGAUUAAAGUUGACUCACCCUGUGUCCUUGUGUGUACCACAUUCAGCAUGGAGGGAAAAAAAAGACCAAAGAACUGUCUAAGGACUUGAGAAGCAAAAUUGUGAGGAAGCAUGGCCAAUCUCAAGGUUAUAAGUCCAUCUCCAAAGAUCUGAAUGUUCCUGUGUCUAUCGUGCGCAGUGCCAUCAAUAAGUGAAAAGCCCAUGGCACUGUGGCUAACCUACCUAGAUGUGGACGGAAACAAACAAUUGACAAGAGAUUUCAACAAAAGAUUGUGCGCAUGGUGGAUAAAGAACCUCGACUAACAUCCAAACAAGUUCAAGCUGUCCUGCAGUCUGAGGGUACAACAGUAUCAACCCAUACUUUUCUUUGGCGUCUGAAAAGGGACUCUAUGGUAGGAUACCCAGGAAGACCCCUCUUCUGACCCAGAGACAUGAAAAGCCAGGCUGGAGUUUGCCAAAACUUACCUGAGAAAGCCAAAAACGUUUUGGAAGAAUGUUCUCUGGUCAGAUGAGACAAAAGUAGCGCUUUUUGGCAUCAACAUAGAGUUUACAGGAAAAAAAACAAGGCCUUCAAAGAAAAGAACACUGUCCCCACAGUCAAACAUGAGGGAGGUUCCUUGAUGUUUUGGGGUUACUUUGCUGCCUCUGGCACUGGACUGUUUGACCGUGUGUAUGGCAUUAUGAAGUCUGAAGACUACCAAAAAAUUUUGCAGCAUAAUGUAGGGCGUAAUGAAAGAAAGCUGGGUCGCCCUCAGAGGUCAUGGGUCAUCCAGCAGGACAAUGACCCAAAACACACUUCAAAAAGCACUAAAACAUGGUUUGAGAGAAAGCACUGGAGACUUCUAAAGUGGCCAGCAAUGAGUCCAGACCCGAAUCCCAUUGAACACCUGUGGAGAGAUCUGAAAAUGGCAGUUUGGAGAAGGCACCCUUCAAAUCUCAGAGACCUGGAGCAGCUGGCCAAAGAGCAAUGGUCUAAAAUUCCAGCAGAGCAUUGUAAGAAACUCAUUGAUGGAUACCGGAAGCGGUUAUCACAGAUAUUUUGUCUAAAGGUUUUGCAACCAAGUAUUAGGCUAAGGGUGCCAAUACAUUUGUUCGGCCCAUUAUUUGGGUUUUGUGUAAAAUGAUAAUGGUUUUUUCCCCAUUCUCUUUUGUGUUUUUUCAUUGCAAAAAAAUAAAUGAAGAUAUUACUACCAAAUCAUGUGUAAUUGUAAUCAUUUUCUGGGAGAAAUUGAGCAUUAUCUGAUAGAAUUGCAGGGGUGCCAAUUCUUUUGGCCAGGAGUGUAUGCUUGUGCAAAGUUAAUGAGUUUUGUAAAAAAAAAAAAAAAAAAAUAAUAAUAAUAAUAAUAAUAAUAGUAAUAAUAUUUGAUAGCAUUUAGUAAAAGCGUAGACUUGACUAUUAAUGUAAGUUUGCUAACAUUUGACUGCCUACUUGUUUACCAGCCUGUCACUACACAAAUUGAAUAAAAUAUAACCAAUCUACGCUGUCAAGACCGUAGCACUGAAAGUCAAAGUAAACACUUCAAACUUUGUAUUAAAAAAAAAAAAAAAAAAAAAAGAUGUACUACAUUUGGUCACGGACACAAAUGAAGGAAAGUUCUCCUCACGCACACACCUAUCAUUUGGCUGCUGUCAACUCGAAUGCACGCUGCUCUCUCAACGUUGAGCAUUUAUUGACGCCCUGUUCAUGUUGCACAUGUAUGUUUAUGGUGUAAGUUAUUUAGCACCUCCGGAUAAUACUGAGAAUCAAACUGAAUGUAAAGGACUGCUUAUUCAUUGCCACAAAAGCAUUUAGCCUCGAUUACAGAGAGAAGAACAUUAUUAUAAAGUGUAAUACCAUGGACAUACCACUCCACUGCAUACUGCAACCUUCUCUGUCUACUUCUAGAUGAAAUUCAUUAAAAAAAAAAAAAAAAGAAUAAUAAUUAAAAAAAAACAUUAAAAAAUGCGGUCUAUUGCCAGCUGUGAUACUGCAAAUUCAGACAUUUCUCCCACCAUCAUCCAUAAAUCGUUCAUUCACUCAAUCACUGUCAUUGAAAGAAUUUGACAGAGCCUUGGGUUGUUUUACAAGGAGGUGGGGCUUUGCGAUAGUUCCAUUGUGUGAAUUGUUUCUCACAAAAUUUAUGACAAUGUAUAUUUCUUCACCAUAAAUUCAGUCUAUCUAAUGUGAUUUGUGAACCACAAUUUAAAACAAGAAAAAAAAAAAAAAAUGUGAGGCAGUGUACCGAGUGGGGUGAUACACAAAUUGUUGAAUGCCCAAACAUGCAUAGUCACUGAGCGUUCUCAUUGAGUCGGAGAAGAAUGACCUGAGUGACUCACAAUUGUCCACCUGUUUUGUCAUCAGCAAUUGGCUGCAACAGUUUGAAGCAAUAAAAUAAACAAAAUUAAUUUAAAAAAUGAUGGCGUUAUGUUUGGUAGUAUAAUUUCAUCAGUGAUAAGGAGACAAUUUAAAGCAGCUACCAGGUUUCUCAAAAGCUUUGCCGAAAUAUAUCAAGGAUCAAGAAUUAUAAUACACAUUACACAAGAUUUUUCCUGUUAUGCUGAAGUCAUUAUGUUUGUGGAUAUGCCUUACACAACCUAUGAAUGUGUUGAUAAAUGACUAUCUUAAUAGCCUAUGAAAAAUACAGAGGGUUUCGUCAACCUACAAUAUUGUGCAUGUUUUUGGGAUGUGGGAGGAAACGAGUACAUACCCAGAAGAACCCACACAAGAGCAGGGAGAUCAUGUAAACUGUACACGGGGAAAGCCUGGGAUUUAUCCUGAGAUCUAAAAACUCCGAGGAGACAUGAUAAUCAGUCACACACUAUGCCACUUUUGAAUAGUUUUAAACCAAGGGCGUAGGUUUGCAUAGGGUCGGUAGGGACAUAACACUAGCAUCUUUUCAGGAUAGUCAAAUUGUCCCCACCAAAUUUUAAGCCACUUUAUUUGCAUUACACAAUGAGUUCAGUUAUAUGUAAGGAUAGAAUAGACCCUACCAUUAUCAAGUGAAUUAUUUUCAUUAUCUUCAGACUUACAUUUUCACUUGUUGAAUGUGCGAGUCCAUUUUUUUCCCCACAAACGCACAUUUGAUUGGCUGAUAACUUGAUCCCCCGCCGCUCCUUCCGCCACACAGACACGCGCACACUCACACAACCUCGCGAACAGAAAUACAACAUGCCGCCUCUCCACCCCUUCGAAGAGGAGGGAUAUUAGAACUUUUUUUUCGGCCAGCACAAGCCACUGUGAGUAAUAAAAAGACAUCAAUGUGUGGAUUAGGGGGAAACACCACUUUGCUACUAAAAGUCCGACCUGCAUCAGAAUUAAUAUACCAUUAAUAUGUGUGAAUCUUGAUAAAUUGCAAAAUUACUACGGUUAGGCCAGCCUCCACAAGGAACAACAAAGUCAAGCUAGCCGACCCUCAUUUGGAUCAUUGUUUGCAUUCCCGUGAUGCAACACGGUGGCUUCAGAGAGCAAGUCCCAAGAAUGGGUCCAUUAUAGAGGGGCACUGACAUGAACAGGAAUAAAAAUAAAUGAAAUUAAAUCACCCAUCAGAAUUUCAUGAGAGUACUUUGGAUGGCUCAGAUGUAGAUCUAUCCUUGGAUAUCUUUAAUUUUUUUCUUAAUAUUUUUUCCUCCAAAUCACUUUUUUAUAUAUCAGUACUUUAGUUUGAGUCUAGGGGUGCUCUAGUGUCCACCAGAAGUGGACUCAUUCUUGGAUAGCGCUGUUUUGUUUUGUUUUUUUUAAAAAGGGACUUGCACUUCAAAAUGUUUUAGUUAUUGAAAACAAAGGUUUGAAUAUCGCGUGUAUCGCGUGAACCAAAACACAUAAUAGUAUACGUCAAUACAGAUUUAUUUUGCUUUGAUCAUUUCGCCUAUCACUUAAUUAGGUUCAUAUUCGUGAGAAAUGGGACUCUGACCCCCGUUCAAUAAUCUGUUUGGUUUUAGUAAUUUCACGUCCCUAGCAAAAAGUGUACUAGCAGGUUUUAUUGUCCCUACCAAUGUUGAGACCAAACCUACGCCCUUGUUUUAAACCUUAAAAACACCACAAUCUUUGGAACCCAAAUACAAAUAUUAUUUUCCAAUCAGACAUUAUAUUAUGUUUUUGACUCCCUUACACCUACCUGCACAAUAAAAAAAAACUGUAAAUAAUUUUGAGUUAGUUUGCAAAUUACACCAUUUUUUAGUGUCAAGGUAUUUGAAACUUCCACCACUGUAAUGGUGAUCAGCAUCAGUUGAUUUAGCUCGUUUUUUUGUUGGACAUUUCAUUGAUGUAACUGCGAUUUUCCAUGUAUAGUACUUAAAUCAGUGUUUAUGUGCUUGUACAAACAAAUGCUUCUCUCAUGGCUUAUGCUUUAUUUGCAUUCCUCACCUGUGGCAAAUUCUCACAGGUUGUAGUCUUUUUGCCUGUUUGUGUGUCUAAAUGCAGGGAAACGUAUUAUUUAGGCUUAAGAUGGCAAGAGGGAGACAGACCCAACGGACGGGGAUGGAAAUUGGAAAAGUUUGGAGAGGUAUUUAAGGUUGACAGGCAUAAAUAAACCUGAAUUCACAAGUUUGAAAGAUUUGCAUUGAUUAUUCAGAUGAGGGAUGAUUGCAUAUGAGGCGUUUUUCCUCUGGGUUCACAUGCCAAGUAUUUAACAUUGUUAGAACGUGCUCUCCUGUCUGUCUUCCUGCGUAAACAAAUCGAACAGCAGUCUGAAACCAACAAAUGUAAGCAAUACUCUAUCAUGUUCAUUUGAUUACCGUAUUUUUCGGCCCUUAAGUCGUUUUUUUUCAUAGUUUUGCUGGGGGUGCGACUUAUACUCAGGAGCGACUUAUGUGUGAAAUUAUUAACACAUUAUGAUAUCAUUUAACAUGUUAUUUUGGUGUUUUGGAGUGACACUGAUGGUUUGGUAAACUUCUUAGCAUGUUCUUUAUGCUAUAGUUAUCUGAAUAACUCUUAAUAGCUAUGGCCACAUUCGCGUUCUGCCUUUGGCAAUGUGUGUUCAAUUGUAUUAUUGACUUUUUUAUACUGAAAUGCAUGGUUUUAGUUUGUGGCGCUUUCACGCCCACGUGGGGGCGGACUCGCACUUGUUUACGUGAAGAAGAGCGCUCACACGCCAGAGGAAGACUGACAGCUAUGUAUCUCUGAGUGAGCGGGCGAGUUAGCGAGAGAGAAACACGGCUGCGAACCUACGUUCAUUGUUUAUGCUUGUAAAAUAUCUACAGAGGCAACACUUGUGUGUGUCAUCUUUUCUGUUGUUGUGUGUUUUCCACCCGCGAUCGGACACUUAGAGCCAGUUGUGUGGUUGUUUGAACGAUGUGCUAAUGCUAGCGAACGCAUGCUAACAGUUUUUGUCAUUGCUGUAAAAGCACCUAAUUAUCAUUUAUUUAUGUUGAUGCGACCCUUUUUGGUAUCGAGGACGAAAUUGAUUCAGCAAAUUAUACAGACGUCCAGCAUCGUCAUUUGGGAGGUUAGACCGCUGAAUAGCCAGGACCGAGCCGUAGCGUCCUGGUGAGGACAGUAUAUUCGCAUUUCAUUGUUUAUCCACUGUACACUUAUUCAGCAUGUUGUUCUCUAUUGUAUUUUUAUAUUCAAUUGCCUUUGAAGAUGACAUUUCUCUUCUAUUUGUUGGAUUUUAUCAAGUAAAUUUCCCCCAAAAAUGCGACUUAUACUCAGGUGCGACUUGUAGUCGGAAAAAUACAGUAUGUUUACUUAAACUAUAUUUUGUGUUUAAUUGCGUGUGUUCCCUCACGCAACUGAAGGUUGUAUAUCAGGUAACCCAUUUGUUAUUAAAAUUCAUUUUGGAACAAUCUUUUGGUAAUUUUAUUUUUAAUAAAUAUUUUCUUUUAACUGCUCUCUGUGGAUGCUGUGCGAGAUAGUGUAAAGCGCUUUGAGCGCCUUGAAAGAUGGAAAAGUGCUAUAUAACACCAUUUACCAUUCUUAAUUAGUUUAUAUGCAGUACUAUCAAUCAGAUAUUCUGUGGUAACGUCUUUUUAAUCCUGUGUGUAUCAACUAACCACUUAGUUUGGUUUUGAACAAGGGAGAAUUGGUUUUGAGGUAAGGUAAAUGGACUUUCACUUGUUUUGUACUUUUUUUUAGCUUCAAGGUGCUCAAAGUGCUUUGAUCAGUCUCCUCCAUCACUGACUGAUAAGGAGCAACAUGGCAUUCAGUAUCUUGCUCAAGGAUAUUUCAACAUGGUUAGCAGGGAGGGGAUCGAACCCACAAUCUUAGGGUUGGGCGGUAACUUCUCUAUUACUGAGCCAUGCCGCCCAAAUGAUAGUUUGUUUGGGAUGCGGACAGUGUUGUCACAGAUUACUUGAAAAAUAAUUUAAUUACUGAUUAUGCCUCAAAAAAGUAAUCUAGUUACUGAUUAUUUUUAAAGUAACUUAGUUACUUUGAUCAUAAUUCAUCGGUUACUUUUUACCAGUUUUUCUCCCUUUGCUGCCUCAGCAUAAGAAUAACAACAGAAAAAUGUCAUCACAUGUAAUUGACUUUCCGAUAAUUGAAUUUAAAGAGGAAGAUCCGAAUUUUUCACAUAAGGCUUAAUCUUUGAGUUAGCGGGGGUUUAAUUAGUCGAUGGAGUUGAUUUCAACCACCAUUGACUCACGCUAGCUUAUCCACUCAGAAGAGCUGAAACUAAUAAACUGACAAACUGCAUGGAAUUUGUUGAAAUCAACUCCACCAUUUAUU